UGCAGAAGAGUGGUGGUAUUGGGUUGUGAUUUAUGUUGCUGUUGCUUUUUUUGUUCCCCUUAACUUGAUUCACAGAUUUAUGUCAGUUCUGAUUCGUGAAUGACAGUUUGCUGCUGCAGUCACGUUGCCUUAAGGUGUGGGUUCGUGUUUAAUUCAUGGUUUAGGUUUUAUAUUGUAUCUUGAAGCGUUGGGUAUAGCUUGAACAGAAGACACGAACUAUGGUUACAGACAUUUGAAUGCAGUUUAAAUAUGUAGUUUUUUCUGUAUGCAUAUCAUUGACUUCGUCUGUGUUUCUUAACAAGUAAACGGCGUGGAUUAUGAAUUCGGUUCAUUCAAAUGAAACAGUAUUGAACUGAACAACGAGAAUAUUCGGUGGCUGUGAUGAUUAUGCUUGAAGUUUGAUUUUCAGUGAUGGUGCUACCUUUGUAUUAUAUUCUUAAUUAAACGGCUGUGACAGUUGCAAAUGUUUAAAUUUUACAUCAGACCCAGUUUAGAAUAGCUGACACUCUGCAACAUCUAGAAGAAAUAUCAUGUCUUUGAUAGCAGGAGAUGAAGACUCCAGUGUCAGAGUGGCUGUGAGGAUCCGACCACAGAUAGCUCGGGAACUGAUAGACAUGUGUCGGAUUUGUACCACUGUUACACCAGGUGAGCCCCAAGUGACGCUGGGCUCAGACAAGGCCUUCACAUAUGAUUAUGUAUUUGACACGAAUGCCCAGCAAGAAGAUGUUUACAGCACCUGUGUAGAAACACUUGUGAAUGGAUCCCUUGAAGGAUACAAUGCAACUGUUUUGGCUUAUGGACAGACAGGAUCUGGAAAAACAUAUACUAUGGGUACUGGCUUUGAUGUUGAAGUCCAGACAGAGCAGGUUGGAAUCAUUCCACGGGCUAUACAUCAUCUCUUCCAAGGAAUUCAGGACCGUGCAAACCAGGCUCGGGAAGCUGGCCAGCCAGCUCCAGAAUUCAAAAUCGUUGCACAGUUUAUGGAACUAUAUAAUGAAGAAGUUAUUGAUUUAUUUGAUCCAUUAAGGGAACAGUAUGCAACAAAGGGGAAGAGUGGAAUUAAAAUUCAUGAAGAUGCUUCUGGAGGAAUAUAUGUAGUCGGAGUAACAAUGAAACCUGUUUUGUCUGCUGAGGAUGCUCUGCAGUGCCUGCGGAUGGGUGCACUCUCCAGGACAACAGCUAGCACCCAGAUGAAUUCUCAGUCUUCACGCUCACAUGCCAUCUUCACACUCCACAUUAAACAGCAGCGCAUGGUAAAAGUGGAGACUGUGGAUGAUGGGGAAUCUAUAGUAGCAACAGACCCAUCUAAUGAGUUUGAGACUCUUACAGCCAAGUUCCAUUUUGUUGAUUUGGCAGGAUCAGAACGGCUGAAGAGGACUGGAGCUACUGGUGAACGUGCGAAAGAGGGCAUCUCUAUAAACUGUGGUCUCUUGGCUUUGGGAAAUGUGAUAUCGGCACUAGGUGACAAAUCAAGAAAGGCGCUUCAUGUGCCAUAUAGAGACUCAAAACUUACAAGGCUCCUUCAGGACUCACUUGGGGGUAACAGCCAAACCGUAAUGAUAGCAUGUGUGUCACCAAGUGACCGUGACUUCAUGGAGACGCUCAAUACUCUGAAGUAUGCAAACAGGGCACGAAAUAUCAAGAACAGGGUUACCAUAAAUCAGGAUAAAUCAUCUCGGACCAUUGUCCUCCUACGACAAGAGAUACAGCAGUUACAGCUGGAGCUGCUAGAGUACAAGCAGGGCAAAAGGAUGAUUGGUGAAGAUGGUGUCGAAACAGUAAACGACAUGUUUCAUGAGAAUACAAUGCUGCAGACAGAGAAUAAUAACCUGCGAACUAGGGUGAAGGCUAUGCAAGAAACAGUAGAUGCACUUAGUAGUAGAAACACACAUCUUCUGGCUGAAAAGGCUACAGGUGGAUGGAUCCUUGCAGGUAGUGAAUCAGAUGUAACAGAGAUGAUACAGGGCUACUUGAAAGAGAUCGAAGAACUUCGUGCAAAACUUCUGGAAUCAGAAGCCAUGUGCCAGCAGCUUCGAAAGACAUCAUUACGGACACCUCCACGAGGCUUACUUAAUUCCCAUGUUGCUAUGACAGGCAAUUUUGACAUAGCGCUAGGAGACACUUCUUCUGUGGGUAGCCUGAUUGCUGAAGCAAAGAAAGGACUACAGAAAGACAUGGAACUUUUGUCCAGGAGCACUAGAGGCCAACAGAGUGAUGACAGCAAGAAGAACGGUCUUGAAGAUGGGGCAGAGGGUGAAAGUGAUAAUAGUGAUAGUGAAGAAAAAGUAAUCAAACCAGUCAGCCAACUGAGAAGGAGCGCAAAGUGCGUGAUGAGUAUGAACGUAAAUUGUCAGAAAUGCAAAAGGAGAUGAAAAGACUUCAAUCAGCAAAGAAAGAACAUGCAAGGUUACUUCGCAACCAGACUCAGCAUGAAAAUCAGGUGAAGACACUGAAGAAUGACCUGGCAGAAAUGAAACGUGCAAAGGUAAAACUUUUGAACAAGAUGAAAGAAGAAGCAGCAAAACACAAGGAUGUGGAACUGCGCAGAAAUCGUGAAAUUGCACAAUUGCGCAAGGAAUCUCGGAAGAGGGAAAACACAAUUCGAUCAUUGGAGGCAGAGAAACGGGUGAAAGAAGCUGUUUUGAAACGUAAGCAGGAGGAAGUUACUGCUCUGCGCAAAAUGCAGCGUGGACCACUGAGCAAUAAGGCUGCUGGCAGAGUUGGACCUAGACAUGCUUCAAAGAGACUAAGUGUGACACCAAAAGAAGUGAAACACAGAUGGCAGCAGUUAGAGAAGAACAUCAACAAGAUUGCUCUUAGCAAGCAAAUGGUUGCAUCCAUGGAACGUGAUAUGGAGAGGCAACUGCAACAGCGAGAGGAACUAGGAACAUCUUUGGACCAGUUGAUGCGCCGCAGAGACCAUGCCCUGAUAAGUCGCCAGGAUCACUCAGUUAUCCGUGACUUGGAGGAUCAGAUUGAGAGCAUGAAGGCUAACAUCGAUUAUAUCCAAGAAAGCAUUGCAGAGUCUCAGGCAAAUAUAAUGCAAAUUGAAGAGAGCAAGGAGAACUUGGACACUCUGGAUGUAGCAGGCUUGGCACAAGGCCUUACAGAGAUGGAGUCAAGGUAUCUUGUUGAAAAACUCUAUAAUAUGACUGUGAACCAAAGUUAUUCAGCUGCACAAAAGGAACUUGCUGUCAAAGAGAUGGAAGCUAAGCUCAAUGAGCUCAAACAGCAGAACAGCACACAGCAGCAGCUGUUGGAGCAUUUGUUGAGUGAGCGAGCGGCAAAUGACAGCAUUGCAGUAUUGUCAUCAGAUAGUUCCACAAACUCUUCAAGGUCCAAUUCUCCUACUGACACUUGCAAUGGUAACGCACAACCGUUGAAUCUUACAAUAUCACACAAGAUCCGGCGCCGUACAGCAUUGCCUGAGGAGCUACUUUAUCCUAUAAUUUCGUCAACCACUAACCAGGACCGGCUGGCCAUCACCGAAUUACCUAGCACCACAGUCACCCAAGAGGAAAUAACAGAUUCAAAUUUGGUGCCAUCACCACUAGGUUGCACCAUUGUGCGGGUUCCAAGUGCACCAGGCUCACUCAACAGAACAGUAACAGCUAAUAGGCCAGACCAGCUGAAACCAUCACCAGUAGCAACGCGUAAAGUGUAUGACCGACAGGAAUCAACCUCACCCCGUCUUACACGUCGCACAACAAAUCUUGCACAGGGCAGCCUCUUGGGCAAGCCAGGAUCUAUGGAGCAGGGUCUCGAUGGCAGUGGAAGCCCCCCUUCCUCCCCGCCUGCCUACCGUCGCCUCAACAGCCGUGAGGAGAAUGUCUUUUCCCGCCUUACAUCUGGCACCACUGGAGCAAGUGAGCAACAGAUUGGCCGUGGCAUCAUCACAGUUUACACAGGAAAGGUUCCAGCGAAGGCACCAUUGCUGUGCACUCAUGUAGCUGAGGGACAUUCACGUGCUGUGCUGUCUGUUUUUGCCACAGAUGACCUCCUUUUUAGUGCAUCUAAAGACCGCAGUGUGAAGGUGUGGGACCUGCAGACUGGACGUGAGAUACAAUCUGUGUUUGGACAUCCCAAUAAUGUAGUUGUUGUGAAGUAUAAUGAAGAGUCACGUCUCGGGUUCUCCGUCUCUUCAGCAUAUAUACGGGUGUGGGAUCUCCGAGAAGAUCCAGUCAAAACAGUCAGAAUCUUAUGUUCGUCCGGCCUCACAUUGUCUGGUGGCUCAAAUAUCUCUCAGUCUCUCCCAGCAGGAGAGAUCCAGCUCAACGAUGUGUCACUGAACCACUAUGGGACUGUUCUUUACUCUGCUGCUGGUGACAGAGUCCGUGUUUGGGACCUCAGAAAGUUCGAAUCAACUGGCAAGUUGAGUGGGGGCCACCAAGCAGCAGUAAUGUGCCUUGCUGUUGGAAAGUUGUCAGAAGAUGAGGAUGUGGUCAUUACAGGCUCAAAGGACCAUUACAUUAAGGUGUUUGAGGUGAAUCAUGCAACAAGCACCAAUGUUUACUAUCCUAAGAUGAAUCUCAAUCCACCCCAUUAUGAUGGCAUCCAGUCCCUUGCAAUCCGAGGCGAUGUUCUCUUCUCUGGCUCUCGGGACAUGUGUAUAAAGAAGUGGGAUCUUUCAAAACAAGAGCUUAUUCAGUCAUUGAACAGUGCUCACAAAGACUGGGUUUGUGGGUUAACAUUCAUGCCUGGUGGACAGAUGAUUCUGUCUGGCUGUCGUGCAGGCAUGGUGAAAUUGUGGGCUGCUGACUCCUGCCAUCUGCUGGGAGAAAUGAAAGCCCAUAGUUCACCUAUCAAUGCCAUUACAACUAAUUCUUCACAUAUCUUCACAGCCUCCAAUUCUGGUGAAGUGAAGAUCUGGAAGUCCCCGCAGUGUUCUGCAAUGACAAUGUCAACGGGUCGAGUGUUUGAACUCUCGCUGUGAAGCCUUUCACCUAUCAGUCUAUCCCAUAUAUCAUGGAUUGCUCUGUUGCAGCUUCUUUCCCUUGUUCCACCCCUCCUGAUAUAUUAACAAAUGCAGGAUUCUCUUUGUCCAUAGAAGAGGCAUGUUUGAUUCCAUUUUACUAUCAGCAGUGGCAGUUAAAAAUGGAAAUAGGUCACAUAAAAUAAUGGCAUAACAUGAGAAUGAUAUAUAAUCUUAUAGGAAAGUAUAUCACUGUUUCAUCUGCAUUCUCAAACUUGUGUUCAGGGACAGUUUGCAAAAUGUGGUCUUGGUAAUGAAUUGCAGAAUUCUGAAAUUUGUGUCAUUGACUGCAUCAGGAAAGUGAAUGAUAGUUAAUAAGCUAUUAUUAUUAUUAUAAUGAAUCCAGCAGCUCAGAUUAAAUCAUAUGACUUAUUUGUACAUAAUGAUAUACAUUUGACUGGGUCAAAGAAUGUUUCAGACUUCUUAAGCUAUGAUUUCUCCUUUAGCCUGUUGUUAUUCAGAAUUAAUUCUGAAACAGUGGAUUAGUCUGUAAGGCAUGCAGUAGGAUUCCUUGGACCAUCAAUUUGUCAUCAUAAAACUUCUACCAACAUAGGAAAACAGUAUCCUCUUCUCAGCUGGAAUCUGUGAUCUCAAUAUUUGCUAAUGACUCAAAUAUAUGAUAACCAGCUGUUAGUUAAAAUGAAUACAAUAUUUCAAUGUUAUUCCUUCUUUAAAAUUUUAGGUACUAUAUAAUGUGAUAUUGAUAAGGAAAGGAACUAUAUCCUGGUCAGAGAUUGGAUACUUCUGCUAAUCUUGACAUAAAAGCCCAUAAUAACAUACAGAACAUUUCCAGACAUAGCUAGUGGUCAUUUCACUGCACAUUACCUUACUCUCUGAUCAGCCUGAAUGUACUGUGACGUAUUUGCGCUAUGCAGGACACCCCCUCCCCCGCCAGCGGUGAUGUAACACCUUCAAAGCAUUGCCGCUGCUGCAGUAAUAGGCCAGUCAACACCCCACCCCCUCCCGCGGUGACAUAGUGGAGGAUGACGCGGUUGCUACAGAGCAGUAAACAACUCUCGACAGUGUUGCUAGGCAACCUGUAAACAUGGCGUCAGGCAACAGCGGUACCUAUCAC